CUGAAGUAGCCUCGACUUCGCUGGAGCGUCGCGAGUGAGCAGCCUGCAAGCGGCGCCGGGCCGGGUCGGAGCCGAAAGGCUGCUGUGGCUGGCGGUGGCCUUUUAAACUUCCCCUCAGCUGAGGGGGCUUGGAGGUGUCUUCCAUUACAUUUUUGCUAUUACAGAAUGACCUUGCACUGAGCCUUCCUGGAAGAAGCAAGAAUUAACUAGCAGUCCCUCAAUGUGCAUCCUUCUAUUCAAAUUUGACCCUCGUCCAGUUUCAAAAAAUGCAUACAGGCUUAUUCUAGCAGCUAAUAGAGAUGAAUUUUACCACAGACCAUCCAAAUCAGCAGAUUUUUGGGACAACAGCAAUGAAAUCCUUAGUGGUCUGGAUAUGGAAGAAGGAAAAGAAGGUGGGACAUGGCUAGGAAUCAGUAAGAAAGGCAAGAUGGCAGCCCUGACAAACUAUAUGCAGCCAAAGAUUGACAAAAAUGCAAAAGGAAGAGGUGCUCUUGUAACAAACUUCUUGACUUCAGAUCUGGACAGCUAUUCUUACUUGAAGAAAGUUUCAGUAGAAGGACAUCUUUACAAUGGAUUUAACUUAAUAGCAGCUGACUUGAAUACCACCAAAGGAGAUGUAAUUUGCUACUAUGGAAACAAAGGAGAACCGGAACCUGUUUUCCUAAAUCCUGGAAUACAUGGACUGAGUAAUUCUUUGUUGGAUACACCAUGGAAGAAACUUCAAUAUGGGAAGCAGCUUUUCACAGACGUGAUCAACAGAAGUCAAGACCUUACCAAAGAAGACUUGGUACAGGAGCUCCUUACAGUCAUGAAUAAUCAAGAGCCUCAAUUACCAGAUCCUGCGAUUGAAGACCAAGGGAGGGAUUACAUACGUCCUAUAUUAAAUAAAUAUGCAGCUGUUUGUGUUCGAUGCCCUGGCUAUGGAACAAGGACUAACACAGUCAUUCUCAUUGAUUCAGAAGGAGAGGUUACUUUCACAGAGCGCAACAUGAUCAAUGCAGAUGUCAACCAGUGGAAAACAAACACCUAUGAAUUCAAACUACAGAUUUAACAACUUUCCCUUUGAAUGGAUUGUAAUAAAAGCAAUGAGAGAACAAGCCAUUAUACUCCAGUAAAUGUUUUGUGCCAGGCUCCAGAAGCAACAAAUAGCAAGGAAAGCAAAAGCUUAUUUAAACCAGUAGCACACCCUAUCAGGUUCCCAAAUACUUUGCAUAAAACCAAGAAAGGAAAGUGUUUUUACACUACAUAAUGACUUGUGUAAAAACACUUCUGAAUGUGUGACUUUUUGAUUUAGCUUCCUAGCUCAAAAUUGUAAGUAUCAAUGAAAAGUGUCAGUGUUGAUACUUCUGGGUCUGAUUCUAUGACAUUCUUGCAUACCAUUAAUUUCUUUUGACUUCAGCUGGAGCUGAAGAUGUAUGCAGCUUCCUGGAGAAUCUGUGUUGAGCUAAGUUUCAGAAUGUAGUUCUAUCUAAAAAUUAUUGAUUUUGCUUUUGCACAUAGAGGAUAAAGAAAAUCAGCUAGACAGUUCUAUAUAGCCAUUUCUAAUCACUUCAUGUACUGAAACAACCAUAUGAUAUGAUGCCUUGAACUAGUGUUGAGAAGUCAUGAAAAACAGGGUCAGAAAGGACCAUGAGGCUGGCUAUUCUAUCACUCUGCUUCUAAGGCUUUGCCCAUGACAGAAGUGAUUGCCUUUCUUUCUUUAAAGUUGCUUUAAAGAGAACCUUAACACUUCCUAGUUCACAGGAAAUAUAUACAAAUAUAUUUGCUGCUUUUAUUGUUCUAUCUGAAGGCUUUAAAAAUUUUUGCUUUUCCUUCAACAUAUAAUUUUAGGAUUGUAAGGCUGAUGCCUAUGUGCAGUAAAUGAAUGUAUGUUACCUUUGCAGCAUUAAAUGCUUUAAUAACACUUAAACUUUUCAGCUAUGCCAUGGUACAGUGUUUUGCCUUGGGGGGGAGAGAUUUCUUUAAGUUUGUUUUUCUUAUAAAUCGUACAGCAAUAUACCUUUUUCCUAAAACUUGAUUUGAGAGUAGAUAUGAAAUUGAAGUUCAAUGUCUGUUCAGUUUAUUUCAGUAGAAACUAAAAAAUCAUGGAAGUGGAUUGGUUUAUUUUUGAAGGGAAUAAAAUGGUCUGUAUUGUGACAUCUUGUUUUCUGGUAGUCUAACUAGCAAUAUUAGUUUUCUUUUUUCUUCCCCAGCAGGCAGAUAAGGACUAGAUAUGUAUUUGCAAAGAGACUGAAUAUGAAGUUUACAUUUAUCAGGCUUUUCUGUAAGUGUGCAACUUUGGCUUUUUCUUCAUUAGUAUAACAUGUCAGAAGCUGGAGUGACUGCUCAUAUUUUUUUAGUAAAAUAGAUAUUUGUUGUAAAGUGACAUUAUUGCUGAAAAAGUUGGGUAUUAAGAUGCACUUCUGCUGUUCUAACAACUGUGAAUUAUAAACCUAUUUAAAUGCAUACUUUUCCUGAUUAUUUAGUGCUAGUGGUAGGUGAUAGACUAGCUAAUAUCAAGAUAUCUUUACCUAAGUUAUUUUGCUGCUGCUAUUCUGUUUUGACCUAUUUUGAGUGCUAAAUCUUAAAUUGGUAAUGGAUCACAAUUCUUUUCUCUCCUACUUGCUGAAUGUAUUCUGCAGUUCUCCCAUUAUGAAGUAAUGAUUACAAAGUAGCAGCAUUUCUGAUACAGUCUACAGAUGUAUGCGCCUUUUUCUGUAUUCAAGUCUGUGUAUUCCAGCCUUCUUGCUCCUUUGCAUGGGUGUGUCUGUGUACUGAGGGGAGAGGUAAAUUAGGCUUCCCGUUGAAGUAAGGGAUUACUGUGAAAGGCCAUUCCCAGGCUUCUAACUGCCAGGAGAUGCCAAAGCACCAUUCAUCUGAUGAUUUCUUUUGCAUAUUGAAAUAACUUCUAGAUACCAGGGCUACUUCCAUGUCUAGUUGCAGGCACUUAAGUGCUUUCUUGAUUCAGGACAUAUAAAUGACUUUUUGACCACCUUGAUUCUGAGAUUGUUAAUACAAGCUUUAUCAUGUUUGUCUUGUUGGGGGUGUGCUUGGUUUAAAACUAGGAGUCACCUGGAUACUUCCUGAGCUGUAGGAAAUAGUCCUUUUCUUGACUGUUUACACUGUAUAUUUGUAUGAGUAAAAAAGCUAUUAAUUUGAGUUGCAAAGAAAUAGCUAUUGCUGUCUUAAAUUUGACUUUGACAAGUGCAUAUUUAAAAAUAAAACUCAGCUUCAAUUUGCUCAGUUUGCAUAUCAACCUUUUUUGUAUCUUAAUAAAAAAAUGCCAGUGUGCAUUUGAACAAAACAUACUUCUUAAGCAUAUUACCUGAAUGAUAAGUAAAAUGCUUGUAUGUUCUUUCACACUGAAACCAUUUUAUAAGCCUUAGUUCUUACAGUAGUCUGUAAUAGUGAAUACUUAUCCCUCAUCUUUCUAUAUAGGCAAAAGAGAAGCAAGUCAGACCUUAGGUGUGAAAACAGCUGAUUCUAGUGUAAUUUUCUGUGCUUAAAUCAAAAUUCUAAAUCCUAGGAUUUGCUUUUUCCCCCACAAAAACAAAAAAACCCUAAAGAACCCAAACCUCCAGUGUUCUCUUAUUAUGUCAGAGUAUAGCGUUGUAAGUAUUGCUUAAUAAAGUGAACUAACUUCUUUUGAAGGUG